UCCUUCCUUCCACACUAUAUAACAACACAACCUCCGCCAUUUCCCACAACAACUCCAUUGCUAAUUAGCAUGGGCCUCGCCAAAUUCAUCAAACGCAAACUCAUUCGAUGCCACUCCCCCGCCUCCGUCGCCGUCGCCACUCCCCAAAAACACUCCAAUCCCAACCUCCCCUUAUCACCGGACGAAAUCCAGUCACUCACGCCCGAUUUCGCCACCGUCAUCGGCUAUGGCGGCUUCAGCACCGUCUACCUCGCCCAAUUCCGCCGCUCCCCCGCCGCCGUCAAAGUCUACUGCUCCAGCCACCGCCUCCACGAGGCCUUCAAGCAGGAGCUCCGAAUCCUCCUCCACCUCCGCCACCCAAACAUCGUCAAACUCCUCGCCUACGCAGACGACCUCGAUCACCAGCCCGCCCUAAUCAUGGAAUUCGUCCCCAACGGCACCCUACACCACAAGCUCCACGAUCCCAAAACCACUCCCCUCACGUGGCCCCAACGCGCCGCCGUGGCAUUCCAGCUCGCCUCCGCGAUCGCGUACCUCCACGACGCCUGCUCCCCUCACGUCGUCCACGCCGACAUCAAGCCCUCCAACGUCCUCCUCGACGACGACCUCAACUGCAAGCUCUGCGAUUUCGGAUCGGCCAGCGUCGGAUUCUCCGCCGCCGUGGCACCGGGGAAGCGGAGAUCAUCGGCGGUGAUCAUGGGAUCGCCGGGGUACACGGAUCCUCUGUAUCUGCGGACGGGAUUGGUUUCGAAGAAGAACGAUGUGUACAGCUUUGGAGUUGUGGUUUUGGAGCUGAUUACUGGAAUUGAGGCGUUCUGCCCCGCCACCGGAGAGAGGCUCGCGGCGAGGGCGGCGAGGAACGCGGCGGAGAUGGUGGAUCCGAGGCUGCGAGGAGGGGAGGUGGAUAUGGGAGAAGUUGGAGCGAUGGCGGCGCUGGCGGCCAAGUGCAUUUCCGAGACGCCGGGAAUUAGGCCUUCUGCUUCCGAGAUUUUGACGGCGAUGAGAGAAGCGAUUCCGUCUCUGGCAUUCGGGUUUCACAAGAAGCUUGUGUAAAUACACAUACAAACAUACAUAAGUGUGAUCUUUUUGUUUUUUUGAUAAAUUCUUCUAGUUAAAAAGA